AACCACUGUACAUAUAUAAUGUAGAUUUUAGAAAUUAUAAUUAAAAUGUAGCAUUGCAGUCAAAUGAAAGAUGGGCAAAGAGAGUGAGCUUAUAACGUCUAUAAAAGAAGGAAACAGCCAAUAUGUUCGAAAAGUACUUCAAAAGUAUCGCAAAAGCAGCAAAAAAAAUGCAAGCAAAAAGUCUACCAUUAAUGUUGCUGAUACAGAAGGUUUUACAGCCCUUCACCAUGCUGCUCUUCUUGGAGAUGUUGAAAUCAUCAUGGCCAUCAUUGAGAUGGAGGGCGAUCCAAACAGCAGAGAUAAGCAAGGAAUGACACCCCUUCAUAUGGCAGCAUGGGCAGGAAAAGAUGCAACACUUAAAGCAUUGUUAGAAAACAGGGGCCUGCCAAAUCUUCCUUCAUUUAGUGGAGACACACCUUUACAUUUAGCAGCACAGCAUGGUUACGCUGGAUGCGCCAAAAUAUUACUUGACAAUCAUGCAGACGGUGCUUUUCGAAACUCUAACUCUGAAACACCUUUGGAUUUAGCAUGUCAGUUUGGACAUUCUACUGUUGUUAAACACCUGCUGACCAAGGAAAAAGUUGUUGAACUUCUUACAUCUGAAAUAUCUGAUGCUAGAUAUAAGUCCCCAUUGCAUUUAUCAGCUAAAUCAGGACAUGAUGAUAUUGUUCAGUCUUUGUUAGAAGCAGGUGUUGAUGUAAACAUUGAACGGCCAGAAGGUACACCAUUACACCAAGCUGCAUUGUAUGGUAAAAAAGAUGCUGUCUUACAUUUGUUGAAGGCUGGUGCAGAUGUUCAUAGACGUAACAGCAAUGGUUUGAUGGCAUUAGAUCUUGUGAAUAGAUUUACAGCUUCUCGGGCUGGACUGGAAAUCAAGCAAAUGCUAAGAGAGGCAGCAGGUGAAAAGGUUGCUUAUGCACGUGCAGUUUCUGAUUAUAACAAUCAAUAUGAUGACACCUGCUUGUCCUUUAAAAAUGGUGACAGUAUUGCUGUGCUUGAACAAAAUGAAAAUGGACGGUGGAAAGGAUAUGUUGUGAACUCUGAGACUGAAAGAGAUGGUUACUUUCCUGCAAUGGCUGUUCACCUCCUAAAUCCAUCAAUUAAAACACGAUCGGUUUGUUCCUCAAGUUCUGUCGCUUCCAAUGAAUCAAGUGGCCGAUUAAGCACUUCAACAGUCUCUUCAAGUCCAGAAAAAAGAAUCGAACCAGUAUCACCUCCUGCUCAACCAGUUGGUGUUGUUCCGAUAGGAAGUUUCGAUCUGGUUACACUAGCACAAGCGGAUGCUGAGAGCCAUGCUCCGCCAAAACAAACAGCUUCUGGCAACCUCCCUACUCGUAUGAGCAGUUUUAAAAAGAACGCGCCCAGACCUCACCCGGUCGCAGUGCAACCACCUAAAGCUCCGGUAAGGCAACAAUCUAUCCCGAAAAGUCCACCAAGAUCACCACAUAGGCCCGUUGUAGAAGACACGUCGCAUACUUUCCAACAUGGUUCGCAAACGCUUGGUCGGCACUCGCUAAAGCACAAGCCUCCGCAACAACAAGAAGAGAGUCGAAACAGAACUUCGAGUGCUGGUUCAGCCCAGCAUGAUCUCGCUAAAGCAUUGCUAAAGGGUUUAAAUAAACAGCAAGCUAGCAGUCAAAAGAAUUACACAGAGGCGCAGAGUGAUUCGGGGACAUCUCCUGCUAUCAAACAACCUUCUGUGGUGGGUUGUACUACGGGUUACGACACAGACAAAAAUAACGUACAGAACACAUUGACAAUCCAUGAAAGUUAUGAAAAUAAUUUAAAACCGAUACUUGCAAAAAGCAAAAGCCAGGACUCUACUUCUAUAAAUAAUGUACAGUCGUCGAAGAUGGAGAGCGGCAUAAAACAAAAUGUAAACUACGUGAAAUUUGCGUGCUCUCCGGUAGAAAAACGUACGUUAAAAUUGAAUAUAAACGCUAGUUUUGAAGAUGAAAACGCUCCUCAGUUACCCAUUAAGCGUGAAAAUGCUCCCCCGCAGUUGCCACUAAAGCGUUCUCAAACUCUCCCGUCAUCCUAUGUACGUCCAAAAGAUGAGACCGAUAAUGUAUCACCGAAUACGCUGUCAGUCAAGCAAAGAGGUAGAUUGGCGCUCUAUGAAAAUACGGACGUGAUAACAGGUCCGUCUUCACCAAGUUCUCCUAAGUCACCAAAUUUACAUCCUGUCUCAUAUGCGACAAGUGGCUCGUUUGUUUCACCAUCAGAGAAAAGGCUAUCAAAAUACGAUCAAGAGCUGAUGGAGUGGUUAACUGAGCAUAAACUAUCCUGUUAUUAUGAUAAUUUUAAAGAUCAUGGUUUCGAUAUGGUUAGCGUUCAAGCUAUCACGCCUGAUGAUUUAAAUGUUAUUGAUAUUCAUAAAACUGGACACAGAAAGAAAUUACUGUCAGAAAUCGCCAAACUUCCUCCCUCUCAUAGAAUACCCAAUGAAAAACCGCGUGAUGUUGGCUCGUGGCUUGGCCAGCUAAAUUUACGGCAAUACGAACCGAAUUUUGUAGAAGGCGGUUUCGACGACAUCGAUUUUAUUAAAGACUUAGACAAAAAUGAUUUAGAUAUGAUCGACAUUAAAAAGAAAGGCCAUCAACGAAAGUUGUUGUUAGCCGUUCAACGUUUAAACGAUCUGGAACUGACAGCUAUUCUCGACCAAGCCGUGGCAGAAAGUCCAGUAAGACGUACACCAAGUUUCAACAGAAAUAACCACACAGCAGAAAUCCAAGAAUUCUUUCCAACAUUUCAACAAAAUAUGUCACUUCGAGACGACUUACCACCUCCCUCAGGAGAAGAACAAUUAGAAAAUGUGCCGAAACAUGCACCUCCUUCAGUAUCAAAAAAGCCUAAAGCUCCAGUUGCAGUACCACCUAAGCCAGGAGCCCCUGCGCCAAAACCUAAACCAAAGCCAUCAGUCAAGCCAAUAAAUAAACAUGGGGAAACAAAUGGUGACGUAACAACAAAUGUUGGAAAGGUUUCAACAAGGCCACCUGGUGAACUACAGGGUAGUCAAGACGAGGUUGUGACAUCAUCAAGAUCAAGAGAUUUCUUUAAACAACAAGAGCAAAAAGUUAAAGAAGUUAGCCCUCCUGGUACUAUGGAGCGGAAAUCUUCAAAUGCAGAUAAAAUUGCACCGCCCCCGCCAAUGAAUAGACGCCCGUCGUCUGGAAAAUCACCAGUACCUCCCCCUGCUGCUCCCAAACCAAAACCUGCUGUUGCACCGCCAGCUACCAAACCGCCUGUGGAAGCUCCCGCUACAACGCCAAAGAAACUGCCUCCUCCUGAACCACCUAAGAGAGCUGGUAGUCUUACCGAACAUGCUACUAUUAUCGUUCCUCAACCAGACCUUACCCCGCCACCAGAACCCAGUGCUGAAGAAAAUGCGUUAUCACCAAGAAUACCAAACUUCAAACCUCCACCACCUCCCUCCAAAAAAUCAGAAUCGUCUCCACCGCCCGAUUUUACACCCCCUCCUCCAGAAUUUACCACAACACAAGACGAAGAUAUCCUACCACCACCACCAGAUAUGCUUAUCACUGAAGAACCACAGCCAUUACCAUCUCCUCCUCCACCGGAAGUGGUUGAGCAUACUCCAGCUAUAGAGUCCACUCCUACCUCCGAACCUGCCGUAGAACUUUCUAAUCCAGCGACCACAGAACCUUCUCCUGCCAUAGAACCUUUUGAGCCAGCGCCUGUAACACCUGACCAAAUACCUGUCGAAGUAACUCCGGCUGAACUACCACCAGAGGAGAAAAAAGACGAGUUUGGUGAAACAGAUGACAUUAUGGCAGGCAUAAUGGCUGAUCUUGACGAUUUUAGCUCUCAAAUUGACAACCUGUUUUGAAAGCAACCAAGAACUGAUGACGAAGACAAGAACUGAACUGAACUCAAAUAGUCGAGAAGCAUGAGACUCUUGUUUCUAUGGAGACGUAGCGCAACAAAUAAGGAUAUUUUGACUACCAUAGCUCUCUGAACACGAGAAGAAAAGGAGCAAGCUAAAUUGGGACAAAUCUUAUGAAUUUUAAAGUAAACAGUACCAAGGAAUUUUAACACUGGUUUUUCCCUGUAUAGUAAAAAAUGAAAUUUUAUUGUGUGCACUCAGCUAUUUUAGUCGAUCUUAUUGUAUUAAAAUAAACUUUUCGUUUGGAUUGGGCUAGCAUUUGACGAAGCUUUGUUUAUACGUUCAAAGUAAGCAAGCAAACAAACUAAUAAAGAGGCAAAAGAGUCAAUUAACAACCUCGUCUUCAUUCCUCUUUUGUUUUAAUCACUUGUCUUGAGUUAACGGCAGUUUUUCUUUUUGUAAAAUACAAUUAUAUAUGUACAUAUAUUCAAAACUAAACUAUUAUUUCUCACAAAAUAAACUAACAACUCUA